AUGGAUAAAAGCUGGAUGUACGAGAGAAACAAGUUGAGUCCUAAAUUCUUAAAAGGGGUUCAAUCGUUUAUUCAGAUGGCAUCUAAUUAUAUGGCGGAGAAAAACAUGGAUAAAUGUUUAUGUCCAUGUGCAAAUUGUAUAAACGCAAACGGUCAUGUUUCAUUGAAUUUUGUCGAAAGCCAUCUAUAUAAAUAUGGAAUGGCAGGAAGUUACACGAUAUGGAUACAUCAUGGAGAAGUUGAUCCUUAUUCCCAAAAUCAGCCUAAUCCAAGUUCCGCCAACGUUGAUAUUGAUGAUGAUGAUGAUGAUUAUGAGGACGACGAUGAAAUAGUUGAAAUGAUACACACACAAAUCGAAUCGAGACGGUUGGAUAGUCAAGGAGAAGGAAUGGAUACUGGUCGUGAUGAUAAGGGUGAAGUAGAUUUUGGAGAGUUUGCUGAGUUAUUAAGUGAAGCCAAAGAAGAAUUGUAUCCUGGCUGCACAGAUUUUUCGUCAUUGACGUUCCUUAUAAAGUUGAUGCAUAUCAAGGUACUAAAUCACAUGAGUAACAAGUGCUUUGAAAUGCUCCUCCAACUGCUGAAACUAGCUUUUCCAAAAACCAAUAGGAUUCCGAAGUCAUACUAUGAUGCCAAGAAGAUGCUUCGUGACUUGGGAUUGGGUUAUGAAUCAAUCCAUGCAUGCAAAAAUGAUUGUGCACUCUUUUGGAAAGAGCACAGUGAAAGAGUUGAUUGUCCUGUUUGUCAUGAGUCUAGGUACAAAAUUGACGAUGGGAAAGGCAAGAAAAUCCCGCACAAGAUAUUGUGA